AGCAUCGCCCGCCCGUGCUGUGGAUAACACAUAGUAAACACCGCAAUGUUCUGUCCACCUUCGCCCCGCAAAGCUUAACACCACCACGCGACUAAUCGAAACUAUCUCAGGUACAACCGUUCAGGAAUUUUUCUACUUUUUUACAGUUUUUAUCGGUGUUCGUCAUGUGUGUUAUCGAAAGUGAGAACUGUGUUUUUAAUUGUGACAUUUCUGUGAAGUGACUGAGUGAGUGACCGAGCGACUGUGUAUUAGCCUAAGUGUGAAUACGUCACUGCCUUAUAUCUCAUGGAUUACUUGUAAGUUAGUGCCGAAGUAUACUAUAACUACUACUGCUGGGAUUUAUUGACCUCGUUUUUUCUACAGUAGUGCCUAGUUUUAUAUCGGUGUUGUAUCCACGCUCACUGCCGCGUAUCUCAGGAAUAUUUGUGUAGUGAAGUAGACAGUAAUAUGUCCGGCGUUUCCACAACCUCCUCAGAGCUUCGUCAGGUGAUCCUCGCACCCCCGUCCUCCGGUGACUUUAGGAUGCCGUCCGCUCCGCCCCUGGUCACCUCCUCGACGUGUUCACCCCCCGGGCCGUCCGUGGUGAUGCGGCCUCCGCCCCCGCCGCCUCCCAAGAUCAUCCACCGAUCCUCGGACAUCAAACAUGAGAGGGUUCACCAUGAAGAGCCUUCCAGCUCCAUCCCUGAUCUAGAAUUCGAUGGGACGACAGUUCUCUGUCGGGUAUGUGGAGACAAGGCUUCGGGAUUCCAUUAUGGUGUUCAUUCCUGUGAGGGUUGCAAGGGAUUCUUCAGACGCAGCAUCCAACAGAAGAUCCAGUACAGACCGUGCACCAAGAACCAGCAGUGUUCCAUCCUGCGAAUCAACCGCAACCGCUGUCAAUACUGCAGACUCAAGAAGUGCAUCGCCGUCGGCAUGAGCAGAGACGCUGUAAGAUUCGGGAGAGUGCCGAAGCGCGAGAAGGCGCGUAUCCUGGCGGCCAUGCAGCAGAGCACCAACUCACGGUCGCAGGAGAAGGCGGUCGCCGCGGAGCUGGAGGAUGACCAGAGACUUGUGUCCACCGUCAUCCGCGCCCACCUCGACACCUGCGACUUUACCAGAGACAAGGUGGAGCCCAUGCUGGCCAGAGCCAGAGACUACCCCAAUUACACCGCCUGUCCGCCGACACUGGCGUGUCCCCUCAACCCCAGCCCUCAGCCUUUGACAGGACAACAAGAACUCCUCCAAGACUUCUCUAAGAGGUUCUCCCCUGCCAUCAGAGGUGUUGUCGAAUUCGCCAAACGGAUUCCCGGUUUCGCUCUCCUAGCACAAGAUGACCAAGUCACCCUCCUCAAAGCUGGCGUAUUUGAGGUUCUACUCGUCCGCCUUGCCUGCAUGUUUGAUGCACAGAAUAACAGUAUGAUCUGUCUAAACGGACAAGUGCUUAAGCGGGAAUCAAUCCACAACAGUUCCAAUGCCAGAUUCUUGAUGGACUCCAUGUUUGAUUUUGCCGAGAGGUUGAACUCCUUGAAGCUGUCUGAUGCUGAGAUUGGACUCUUCUGCUCCAUUGUCGUGAUCGCCGCAGACCGUCCUGGACUGAGAAACACCGAACUGAUAGAGAGAAUGCACAACAAGCUGAAGUCUGCACUGCAGAUGAUCAUCAACCAAAACCACCCUAACCAACCUGGAUUGAUACAUGAACUGAUAAAGAAGAUACCUGAUCUCAGAACGUUAAACACACUACAUUCUGAGAAGCUUUUGGCCUUCAAAAUGACCGAGCAACAACAAUUACAGCAGCAACAACAGCAGCAGCAGAUGUGGGGAAGCAUGAUGAAUGAGGAUGAAUGCAACAGUAAAAGCCCUGGAGGUGCAUCUACGUGGUCAUCUUCAUCUGAUGUCACAAUGGAAGAAGUCAAGAGCCCUCUCGGUUCAGUAUCAAGCACUGAGUCAAUGUGCUCUGGAGAAGUUGCUUCUCUUAAUGAUUACCAUCACCAAAGCCAUCAUGCUAGCAGUGCCCCCUUACUAGCAGCAACUCUCGCUGGAGGAAUCUGCCCUCACAGGCACAGAGCGAAUUCUGGUUCAGCAUCUGGAGAUGAUGUGAAGACAAUCCACCGACCCUUUAGGAAAUUGGACUCUCCUAGUGACUCUGGAAUCGAAAGUGGCACGGAAAAGAUUGACAAACCUAUUGGAAGUGCACCAACGUCAGUCUGCUCAAGUCCAAGGUCUUCUCUGGAGGACAAGGAAGACCACCAUCACCAAUCCCACCAUAACCACCAUAUCGCAGAAGACAUGCCCGUGUUGAAGAGGGUACUUCAAGCUCCACCUCUAUGUGAUACCAACUCGCUAAUGGACGAGGCAUACAAGCCUCAUAAAAAGUUUAGAGCAUUGAGGAAUAAAGACAGUGCUGAAGCAGAGCCCAUGGUUCACCACUCUCCUCAGCUACACCACCAUCUCACCUCCUCCCUCUCAAGUACUCAUUCAACAUUGGCAAAAUCGUUGAUGGAGGGACCCCGGAUGACUCCUGAGCAGAUGAAGAGGACGGACAUCAUCCAUGACUACAUCAUGAGAGGAGAAACUCCCGCCACAACUGGAUACCAGUACAUUCCUUCCCACAGGUGGAGUCAAAACCCUACCCCGACUCCCGGCACCAGUGUCAUAACGACGACGUCAGGACGACCUGCCACCUACGUUCUUGUAUCAACACCUCCUCCACCCCUUAUGCACCUGGAGCAACAGUCCAGGAUUUACCUACACCCCUCAUCCCCCUCUCCAUCAUCAACAUCCCCUUCCUCACCGUCUAUAAUGGAGUUGCAAGUCGGCAUUGCUAACGCGCAACAACCCCUCAACCUUUCCAAAAAGACACCUCCCCCUUCUCCACGCCCACUCUCAGCUCCUUCUGUGCAACAGAAAGCUGUCUCUUUGGAAGCCUGAGGACGUCCCUUCGUCAUCGUCUAUAGUACAAAGCCGUGCCGUGGCGGAAACACAAAGUGGUACAAAUCAAAGACUAGGACAUGCUCCUUGUGAUCUCGUGGUGUUUGAUAAUGCCAGGAAAGUUGGCGCCGUGAAGACUCAGUGAGAACGGCAAACAAGUGGUUAAAAGAUUGUUCUGUUAUGGACUAUUUCUUUGUUUUUAAAUAGCAUCUAAGAUUCUGAUGGUGCCACAUUUUAACUUUUAUCGAAACCAAAUAAUUUAUCAUCCUCCCCCUAUAGUAAACUUGCUGUAUAUGUGUUAGAUGUGUGACAUUUCUAAAUCUGACAGCUCUUGUCAAAUAUGUGUUGUAGAUGUCAAUGUUCCUACUGGCGCUUGAGCGCAGGGUGUUUCGGAAAGGUUUUGUAAGGACCAAGUAGUGUCGGCCCCUAGAGUCUGUAGUCGGGUCAGUGUUUUGGCCUUUCCAGAAACAUCCCGUUGCUGCCUAGGUUGGGACUUUCAUAAAUUCUCAGUUGAGGUCCAAAGUUUGAAAAGAAUGGCAUCAAGCACCGAAUCCUAUGAUUUUUUUACAUGAAUGUGAUAUAAUUCUAUGUAGGGCUUGCAUUUUAUUUUAUGUGUGUAAAGUUAGUCUAAUCGUAAUGUAUAUCUAUUGACUUAGUUUUACGUUCGAGUCGAGUAGCAGGUGCAUCGGCCCCUCAUCUUGUAUAUUCGAAGAAAUUUGAGACUGAGGGAAGGCGGGCCAUCUGAAAGCUUAGCUCCGAUAGUUUCCUAUUCCUUUUUGUUUGUAUUUAUGUAAGUAGGUUGGCCAGUAAAGCUUAGCCCACCCAAAAAUUGUAUAAAGUGUACACAGUAUAUUUUAAUAGUUUAUUUUUAAGGAUUAAAAAUCCCAAAACUGUAUGUACAGAUGGCCGAACCUUCCUAUAUUCUUAUACCUUAAUGUCGUCCUAGACUGGCUUGUCCAGGGCCCUGUGACCAGUCCUGAUUGUACCUAGUACACACAGGACUGGUAACAGUGGACAUCUUCUAUUAGCCAUAUUUUCUUGGCUAACACUGUCUAAAUAUUUUUUUUAAAUAAUGUGUAUAGUAAUGUAAUGUUAUUUGUGAGUCCCCGUGAUUGAGAUAGACAUUGUCUAUGGUGUGCUUGUAUGUAUUUUUUGUAAAGCUUGGGAGAUGUUUUGAGGUCGUCAGAUUAAAAUUGUCUGGUGAAAUUCAAA